AUGCUUUCAAGCGCAGUGGCGCUGCUCUUAGCAGCCUCGUCAACGCUUGUUUCUGCUGCGAAGUCGCCCUACCCACCAUUCUCGGGCAACCCAUUCAAGAAAUACGACCUGGAGGCGGAAGGCAUCAAAGCGACCUUCAUUCCAUACGGAGCCCGCUUGACCAACCUCUACGUCAAGGAUCGCAAGGGAGCAUGGCAGGAUGUCGCCGUGGGAUACGAUACUGGGGAGCAGUACUUGAAUGACACCGAGACCGUCCACACUUUCUUCGGAGCUGUAGUCGGGAGAUAUGCGAACCGCAUCAAGAACGGAACCUUCACCAUUGACGGACAGACCUCGCACAUCCCCAAGAACGACAACGACGGCCUCGACACUCUGCAUGGUGGCUUCGUUGGCUACGAUCAGCAAAACUGGACGGUGGCCAGCGUGACCGGGAACAGCAUCACUUUCUCCUUCUACGACGAGCACAAGUCUGGCUUCCCGGGCGAUGUACUCAACCUUGCCACCUACACUCUGACCGACGAUGCGUCGUGGAUCAGCCGGCUCAUCUCCAUCCCGUUUAACGAAGCCACUCCAAUCAUGCUCUCAAAUCAUGUCUACUGGAAUCUCGGUGCCUUCGUCGAUCAGCAGUCGACGUACGUCCUGAACGAUACGCUCUAUAUGCCCUACGCCGACCGCUGGAUCGAGACAGACGGCAUCCUGAUCCCCAACGGCAACAUCGGGGUCACCAACGGCACCGCCUUGGACUUCACGAAGCCCGGCAAGACGAUCGGCGAGGGCGUACAGAACGCACAGGGCUACUGCGGGACUGGCUGCACCGGCAUCGACAACGGCUUCAUCCUCGACCGUCCGCGGUACGGUAGCCCGGAUGACCCGAACUUGGAAGUGCUGCAGAUGUACAGCCCGAGCACAGGUAUCCAGAUGAGUCUGGAGACGAACAUGCAGGGGACGCAGAUUUAUACAUGCAAUGGCCAGGAUGGGACGACGCCGGUGAAGAAGGAUCAACAGCAUGGCAACUCGACGACGAUGUUGGAGCAGCAUGGGUGUAUUGUUAUUGAGGCGCAGGAUUGGAUCGAUGGUAUCAACCAGCCUCAAUGGGGUCGCCAGCAGUGGCAAAUCUUCUCACCUACGACCGAGCCGGCUGUCAACUACCAGAAGUAUACCUUCACGUGCAAGUAG